UCGAGCAGCGAGCAAUAUGUCUGGAAUUCGAAAGAUGAAUAUUCAUUAAAAUCAAGGCGAGAGGAAAUAUCCGCCGAAGAAAUAAGUAAAACUCUAGACAAAUUCGGUUCUGGGGGUACAUAUGAAGAAUUUCAAACAAGAGCAAGUAGACGUCGGGGUAGAUGACAACAUGGUUGACCCUUUAAGUGCGAAACUUGGGGAGUUUGAUAUCAAUGAUCCAGCAAAUGCAACAAGGACACCCAAUGGAGACUUUAAUGAACAGGGUGAAUCCAGCAAUGAAAACAUUUAUAUACCUGCUGUAACAAAGGAAAGUCUAGAGUCUGAAUGGCAGCAAAUGUUUGGCACUGAGAACUACAAAAAGGAUUUGCAAAAUCUUGCUCUGACUGGCCGAUUAAGAGAUAGAAGGUUUCGUGGUGUUUGUUGGCGAUUAUUCUUGGGUUGCCUAUCAGACGAUGUAGGUCACUGGUCCGAGACUGUAUGUGAAUCACGAACUAGAUAUGAGAAUCUUAAAUCUAUGUUUUUUAUAGAUCCAUAUUCUUCUAAAGUUGAUGAAGAUAAUGUUCAAGUUUUUGACCCUUUGUCUCAAGAAAUUGAUAGUCCAUGGAGUCAGUAUUUUGAAGACAAGAAGCUGACUGAUUUAAUAUAUCAAGAUCUAAAUAGACUCUUUCCUGGCAUGCAUUAUUUCCAAUCAAAGAAAAUAAAAGAUGUCUUGUUACAUAUACUGUUUUGCUACGCAAAAAUGAAUCCUAACGUGGGUUAUAAACAGGGAAUGCACGAGGUUUUGGCUCCUCUGCUUUUUGUAUUGGAAAAUGAAUCAGAAUUAUUUCAGUUUCUGGAAAACUCAGAUAAUGAAGUGAUGAGAGAUUUAAUUAACCCUGAGUUUCUAGAGAGUGAUGCAUUUUGUUUAUUUGAACAUUUGAUGGAGAUUAUUGAACCUUGGUAUGUUCGUGCUGAAUCACCUGCACAUUUUCAAAAAAAGGCAUUCGAUCCACACGGGAAGCCGUUUAUGGAAACACAAUCAUAUGCAUCUUCACCGCCAACUGCGAUUAUUCGUAAACUAAAUAAGAUUCAAGAGAGUAUGUUGAAGAGAUAUGAUUUAGUUCUGUAUAAUCAUUUACGAGAAAUGCAGAUUGAGCCUCAAUUCUAUGGUUUACGGUGGGUUAGAUUACUUUAUGGUCGUGAAUUCGCCACAAUGGAAGAUAUAUUGACACUUUGGGAUGGGUUAUUUGCUGAUGGAGCCACUCUUGAUUUAGUUGAAUAUGUUUAUUUAUCUUUGAUAUGCAGCAAAAGAAAGAAACUAUUAGCAUCAGACCAUUCCGGAUGUCUGACUGUAUUGAUGAAGACGCCAUAUUGUAAAAGAGACGCUAAGAUUGUCGUUCAAGAGGCUAAACAUAUGAGAGACACUAAACUAGACCCUAGGAAAAAAUUACAGGGAUUUUAUCAACCGUUGACAGAAUCAAAAGUCAUGGCUACGAAUGAGUUCCCGACAGGAGAACCAACAUCAACCAAAUUUAGCAGUGCACGACAGAACUUGUUGCGAGGUGCAAAACAAAUAGCAUCUAAAAAAGCUCCUGAGCCGAACACUCGCAAAAUCGCACAAGCAAAGAGAUCUGAGAAAACCAAAGAACGUAUUGGCGAGGAAAGAAAGCGACCCGUUGAGUUGAAAGCAAAUAGCAAGUCAGCACCUUCAUCGCACAUGUUUCCACACAAUGAAGAUGAUGAAGACUUAUUUACCACGUCACAACGAUCAGUGCGAUCCCCUAGUUCCACAUUCUUAUCAAAAUUAUCUUCAAAGGUUCGCCACCCAACCAGGACAGAUCUUACAACCUUACAACAAGAUCAUGAGCGUCUCCAAGAACAAAUAUCUCAUUUUAAAGCCGAAAUCGACAAACUUCAGUCUAUAUCUAUUUACUGUGGAACAAAGAUGGAUUCUUAUAUAAAUUCUCUGCAAGAUCAAAUAACCCAUGAUGAGAAAUGUAUGGACGUAGUUUACCUAUCUUUAGCUGGUCUAAAACAGGUGCGAGAUAUUUUGAAAGGAACGUUAUCUUUCCAGAGUUCAACGAUAGAACAAGACACAGAAUUCAGUCAUAUUGAUACGGCCAUUUCUUCAUUAACACCGAACACUUCAACUGAAAAUACACUGCCUGGAUCAUUACCUGUUCCACUUCUCGCGGAUUUCGGACAUUUUGAAAAGCAAAGCGAAAAACACAUAUUAGUGGAAUCAACGAACGAUGAAACAACGAACGAUGAAAACACGGACGACACUGAAAUAAAUGCGAAUGAUAGCCACGCCGGGACAUUAGAAAUCUGCAAAAAUGAGCCCCAUGUUGACCCGUCAGAACGAUAUGAAGGAAAAGAUGAAAGAACAACGGAAGAACAAACCGAUGGAAAAAUUCAAACAGAAGAUGCUGUGGAUGUCCGGGCAUGACGGGAAAAAUAAAAAUUACUUUUAUGUAUUAUACUGAAAUAUUUUAAAAUAAGAUGUCUUGAUUUAGGGUCUGUUUACAU